AUGGAAGUCCCAACACGAUCAGCCUCACGUCCGAGACCUACCUCUCGCCCGACAACACCUCUACGAGCGAGUUCUCGAUCCUCCCUCCGCGAAGCUCAUGGCGGAUACAGCAUUGGAAAUGCGAGAAACUCUCAGCCCGCCAUUAAUGCCCUUGAACCCCAGUUUGCAGAACUGGCUGAUUCAAUGGCCGAUCUCGAGGCCAACUUCAUGCAUCUACAGCUCAUGCACGAGAGUUUGACUCGAUUCAGCGAGAGCUUUGCCAGUUUUUUGUAUGGCAUGAACAUGAACGCGUUCUGCGUGGAUUUUCCCGAGGCCCCUAUUCCCGAUUCCUUCCGGAGAGCCCAACAGGCAGAAGAACAAAAAGAAGCAGAGAUUGAACCCACCCGACCAGACGAUGGAGAGAUGACUUUCCUAACCACGGACACCACAUUUGUCGAGCACCCACCCAGCACAGUCUCCAAGCCGUCCAGAUACGCCACACGAGGAGGUACUACGCGAGGCACGCGUGUACCCGCCAGUAACCGGUAUACUACGAGAGGGGCCAGCUCCAGUCGUACUCGACCUAGUGCCCUUCCCAGAGGGCGUGGAACUGGAACUGGAACACGAUGA